GUCCGCUAUAAUAGAUGACUGACAGCAGAAUUAAAAUAGAAUAAGCUCUUUUUUUGUUAUACACAGUAUACAUAUGCAUAUCUACUGAUGUACAGUACAUGCAUGCAGCACUCUCCCACCCCCAGCUCAUCAUACUGCUCUUUCGUUUUAUAUAUAUUUCUUCUCUCUGUUUAGCUGUCCCUCAUCAGCAGAUAUGUGCUGCAGCAUGUCUGUCUCCAGCAGCAGGAUCAAGUCUGGUGUUGGCCACGCGAAUGGGCUCACAUCAAUGAUGAUGAUGAUGAUCAUCAACAACAACUACAACAUCAAGUGUCCAUCAUCAUCAUCGUCAUCAGUGUUGCUGUUGCUGUGUGUGUUUCUUAUUAUUGUUGGUGUUGCUCAUGCUGGUGCCCAUCAUCAUCAUGAUGAGGGAUUCAAUCAGCAGCAGUUCCCCAUCAGCAGCAGCAGCCAGCAGCAGUUGAGGAAACGGAAUAACAAUAAUAAUGCCAACUUCAGCUCGCUUGGUCAAGAGGAAUCCGCUGCCAGGGACUUCAUCAAUGUACUGGACCAUGAGGCCUCCAGGUUCAUCAAGAUGGUGUCCCUGGCCAGGUGGAACUGUGGCACCAACAUGUCUGAAGCCACUCAGGCGAAACUGAUUCAAGCAGAAGCCCAGUCCUCUCAUGGGUUAGCCCAAGUGCUGAACCUGCUCAGGGAUUCCUUUGGCUCCUCAGGGGCUUAUGCAAACUGGAAGAAUUAUGAAGAUCCAUUCCUGGUGAGACUGAUUUGGAAAAGCGCCAAGCAGAAUUCCAUUCAGGACAGACACGGACCAAAGGCAUCAAAAUCUGUGAAUGAAUUGACAAAGAAAAUGAUGCAGCUUCUGACAGACAUCCGCAGCUACAGCAACACUGCAGGCUUUGGUGCUUCCUUCAAUCCACAUUCCACCAAUGCAGGAGAAAGACUGCUAGCCUGGAAUUCCUUCAGAGAGAUGCUUGGCAGAAGCAUAAAACCGUAUUUCAUCCGGUAUUUGCACACGUACCAAAGGGAAUUGGCUGCUGUUGGAACAAAGGAUCCUUCUGAAGAGUUGAUCAGUGAAUUUGAAGUGCCAAAGCGGGAAUUCCACUCACUGCUGAAUUCCUUGUGGGAGGCAUUGGUGCCAUUGUACAAGAAGUUGCAUGCCUAUGUGAGGUACAGACUGGUGCAUGUGUUUCCAGAUGUGGUGACUGAUGGACAGCCUCUUCCUGCACACCUGGCAGGGGACAUGUAUGUGACCAAGUUCACAGUUCCAGCUGAUGACGCGAGUCCAUUCAAGAACACUUCAUCCCUUGAUGUCAAUGAAGCCCUGAGAUCAAAUGGACACACAGUCACAAGUAUGUUCAGAUUGGCAGAAAGGUUCUUCACUUCAGUUGGCUUUGAUUCACUGCUGAGUCCAGUGUUUUGGAAGAAUUCUGUGCUGGAGGAUGCAUCAUCAUCAUCUGAUGGACAUGCAGUUGACUGUCAAAACAGUGUGUGGGACUUUAACUUUGGACACGCAAAUGAUGAUUACAGGGUGAAGGGAUGCACCAAGGUGACAGCCCAUCACCUAAAGACUGCACAUCAACUCCUAACCCAGAUUGCUUAUGACAGCUCCAACACUCAUCUGCCCAGAGUCUUCAGGACUCCCCCUUUCCCUGGAUUUGUGGAAGCACUUGGUGGAGCAAUCACACUGUCUCUGGACAGUGUGAAGCAUCUUGAAGCUGUAGAUCUUGCAAAGAAGAAUAGUGAGGGUGACUCAUCUGCAUCAAUGCGUCAUGGGGCUGACAUAAACUUUCUAUUGGCCAAGGCACUUGGUGUUUUGGCAUCCAUGCCAUUUGCCUUAACCACUGAGCGAUGGAGAUGGGAUGUAUGGCAAAAUAGAGUGCCCAAGGAAAAAAUGAAUUCUCACUGGUGGCGGUUGAGAAGAGAGGUGCAAGGUGUGGCAGCACCAAAUGACAGGUCAGACAGUCUGCAUCUGGACCCUGUUGGCAUCCCUGAGGUUGCUGGUCAUCAACCCAUCAUCAGUCAAUUCCUCAGCUCUGUGCUGCAGUUCCAGUUCUAUGAGGCCAUGUGUCAAGCAGCAGGACAAUAUAAACCAAACUCACCAGGCAAGCAAAGACUGCACCAUUGCAACCUGUACAACAACAAGCGAGCUGGGGAAAUUCUCAAGAACAUCAUGAGAUCUGGUUCUUCUGUUCACUGGAAAACUCUGCUGCACAGAACAACAGGUUUCUCAACAUUUUCUCUCCAACCCCUGCUGAGGUACUUUGCUCCUUUGGAUGCUUAUUUGGACAAGUUC